AUGUGUGUCGUGGCCUCAAAUCGCGAUGCUUGGAUGUCAGUCUCCCAGCGCCGCUUUUUGGUUAUAGCCCUCAACAGCAUCACCAUCCUCCCGUUCCUUUGGAUCAACUUCAUCGUAUUCGUGCGAAGCAAGCACACUCUGCUAGACACAGUCAUUGUGCUUUGCGGAACUAUCUGCAUUCCAAGGCCUUUCGUCAGCUUCUGGAACUCUGCAAUUGGCUUAUGUAUCAUCUUGUUCGGCAGCGCAGAGCGAUCCGUCUACCCAUAUUUUCGACCUCGAGGACCUCUGUCGAAGCUUAGGUCUACGACAGCGCUCACGAUUUUCAUGCGUAACGAAGAUCCUGGUCCAGUGCUCGACCGCCUCUACGCCAUGUAUGAGAGCCUUCAGCAAACCAAUUGCCUCGAGCACUUUUGCUUUGUGCUACUUAGCGACACCGAUCACGUUGACGUAGCGCGAUCGGAAGAGAGGGUAUUUGCACAGCAUGCCGUAUCUCUGAGCGAGGGUAUGGCUAAGCCUCUAUUCUAUCGACGCCGUGAUAGAAACACCGGGUACAAGGCUGGCAACCUCAAAGACUACCUCGACAACCACUCCAAAGGAGACGACUUCUUCGUCACCCUUGACUCCGACAGCGCUAUGAGCGGGGACAUACUCAUCCGGUUGGUUUCUAGCAUGGAAGAAAACCCCCUCAUCGGGUUAUUGCAGACCAUAGUCAUCGCUGGUGGGCUCGCGACUGCGCGCGCGCUGUAUUGGGGUCACAACGCCAUAAUCCGUACUGAUGCCUUCCACAAGCAUUGGAUGCUGCCAAAGCUCCCUGGAGAGCCGCCGCUGGGUGGUUACAUCCUCAGUCACGAUCUGCUGGAAGCAAUGUUCAUGCGUCGAGGCGGCUACGAGGUCCGGGUGCUGCCUAUCGAAACGGAAAGCUACGAGACCAAUCCGCCUACAUUUCUCGACUUCCUUCGUCGCGAAUUACGCUGGUGUCAGGGAACUAUGCAGUACUGGUUCAUGCUGAGCGAACCUGGCAUUCAUCCAAUCAGCCGCUUUCAGGUGUACCAAACCUUGACCACGUACAUUGGCCAGGCUUGCUGCGUCUUCAUGACCUUGGCAUGCAUCACGAAGGAAGUCAUAGGAGAACCUAGUGUCAUUCAACUGAGCCUCGUCUUUGGCUGGACUCCGCACCUUGCUCUCGCUGCUUUCGGCAUAUUCCCCAAACUUGCGGGUGUCUUCGAGGCGGUGACAACGUCUUCCAGGCGCUAUGGUGGUAGUUUACGCUGCAUCCUCUCAAGUUUUGUGGAGUUAUUCCUGAUGACCUUCAUUGCACCGAUCACAGCUCUGGCUGUUGCGCUAUUCUUGUGUGGUCUACUCAAGGGCAAGUCCAUCACAUGGGAUGGGCAGAACCGCGAUCGGCUCGGUCUCAGCUGGCGUGACAGCUUCCGGGUUCUGUGGCCGCAGACCGUUCUCGGUUUUGGAGUUUUACUCGCUGUGCGAGGGACUGCUGAGCUGGCGUGGGCUAUCCCAUCAGCCGUAGGUCUCUUGUUGGCGAUACCCGUUGCUGUAAUCACGGCGUCGCCCCGUUUCGGGGAUGCGAUCACUUCUAUGCGCCUCUUCGAGAUACCGGAAGAGAUUGAACUCCCGCUCUUGUUGUCUAAGCUCCUUCCAGCGGGGUUCAAAGCAAAGAAGAGGAUUUGGGGAGUGAGGUAG